AUGAUUUUCGAGUACUCAAAAGAAGUCGAGGGAGGCACCUACGACACCCAUGGCCUCGACUGCGGCAUUUCUCUCCGCCAACACAAGCAGCAGUGCAGAGAAAUUGACGGUGCUCUUCGCGUCCAACGAGAAUGGACCAAGCUAGUCAGCAAUGUGGAAGGUUACCAAGGUGGCCUCGCGGAUGACUUCUGCUUCAUCUCCGUCACCGUUCCAGAGUGCCUCCCAGAUCGCCUCGAAAUCAUGUCUUACGCUAACGAAUAUGCGUUUCUUUACGACGAUGCAAUGGAGAAGCUCAAUUUGAAGAAUGAUAAAGACGACCAUGCGAAUGAUUUCUUGUCGACGUUUGGUAACGGGGCAUUGAAUCCGAAUUCGGUUGCGAACGCCAGGCCAGAGAAGCAAUUGCAAGCAAAGCUGCUGCUCGACAUGAUGAAAAUCGACCGACAGCGAGCAAUAACAUCAAUGACUGCCUGGGCACGAUUUGUUCAGUUGGCCGCAGACACAAGAAAGGCUCCGCCAAAGACUUUGGAAGAGUACAUGCCCUCACGUGCCAUUGACGCGGGCGAGCUAUUUUGGUUCGGCACAAUAACCUUUGGUAUGGCCAUAACCAUUCCUGACCACGAGUACGAGUUGUGUAUGGAUUUGGCUCGACCAUUAUACAUCGCUCUUGGACUUGUCAAUGACCUCUACUCUUGGGAAAAGGAGCGUGAUGCUGCUGCCGAAGAAGGACAAGACCACGUGUUUAACGCCAUCUGGGUUAUCAUGAAUGAGCGGGGGAUUGGCGUCGACGACGCUAAGGACAUUUGUCGCGAGGAGACAAUGAAAGUGAUGUCGACUUAUUGGAAUACCGUGAAGGCCGCGCGAAACAACGAAAGCCUCUCUGAUGACUUGCGGAGGUAUCUCGAAGCACUACUUCUGAGUUAUAGCGGAAACCUUGUGUGGAUUUCUUAG